AAGUUCUAAAAGCCCCCAGUAGAGCGAGCGCCAGGAACGAGCACCGCCCGGACUGGAGCAGACCGCACUGAACAGGCUGCUGCACGCGUCAGAAAGGCUCUUGGGAAACUCUCACCACGCCGGGACUUUGGAAGGAGAGAGCGAGCAGCCCCACGCGCGCGCAAGUCUGCGAGUGAGCGCUCAGCCGGGCACCUGUUUCUACCCCGCCGCCGCCUUCCCCACCGCUCCUGCCCGCGCCUCCCGGGGCGCCCGCCCGCUCCCGCGAUGAAUCUGGCGCUGGGCAACCAGACCGAUGUGGCGGGCCUGUUCCUGGCCAACAGCAGCGAGGCGCUGGAGCGCGCAGUGCGCUGCUGCACCCAGGCAUCGGUGGUCACCGACGACGGCUUUGAGGAGGGUGGCCCUGACGAGCGCAGCCUGUACAUCAUGCGCGUGGUGCAGAUCGCUGUCAUGUGCGUGCUCUCGCUUACGGUGGUCUUCGGCAUCUUCUUUCUCGGCUGCAACCUUCUUAUCAAAUCUGAGGGUAUGAUCAACUUCCUGGUGAAAGACCGGAGACCGUCAAAAGAGGUGGAGGCUGUGGUCGUGGGGCCCUACUAACCGGCCCUCCGGCCCCCGCGGCAGCCGCCCCACGCCUCCCCACUUCACCAGCCGGGCCGCGCCCCCUCACCAUCCGAGACUGGGCGAGGCAAACCUGUCAGAGUCAGUUAUUUCUCUUCACGUCUGACUUUCGGGAUGAAGCUCUCUUGCUCACUCUCUGAAAGUCCCCAAGCCUGGCUUGAGGAGGAGAUCGCCCUAACACUGGACUUGCUGCAGAAGCAAGUAGCACGAGGGCGACGAGGGUGCAGAACUUUGGAAGCUGCCGCUAGCGUGGAUGCGGGGAGAGCCCAAGAGCGAAAGCCCUUCUCCCCCCGCAGGUGGGCCAAACUCUGGGGCAGGAAGAGACGGCGGGUAGGGGCAUUGAUGGGCACCCUUGCCUGGCGGCCUGGCGGAAAAGUGACCCGCGGAUACAUUCAAUCAUCCUCAUGGAAACACACAAAUUCGUGUCUGGAUUAGCGCCCACUUGCCCGCAUUCGCCUGCCUCCCAGCUUGGGCGGGAGAGGCGAUUAAUGCCUUUGAUUGAUUGUAACAUAAAGGGAUUUUGUGUUUGUUUGCUUGAAUACAAAUAUUUGAUAAGUCCUUUUCUGCCCUAGUGGCUUGUUUGCCUGCAGGGGGUUGGAGUUUUGUCUUCGUGAGGAAGGGGUGGGGGGAGGGGAGCCUGUGACUGUGAAGGGAAUGAUUUGUUUCUUUUAUUGCAUUUUUCAACUGGGUCUUUGUAAAAGGGCUCGCGCCCCAGCUGGCCCCGGGCAAAGACCCGGAAUAGAACUUGUAGCUGAUGACUGCACGGUUUACGCUACAAAAGUGCUCUUGACAUUCGUGAUACCGUUUUGACUUUUUUCUUAUUUAACAUUUCCUUAAUAAAUGCAAUAUUUAAAUGUUUUGUUCCUG